AUGAAGCCAUCCCCGGGCAGGUCCGAGCGUCAGCGAGGCGCAGAGCCUGGCGAGAGGGUCCUGGCAGGGGCCCAGGCCGAGGACGCGGUGGCCGGGCCCAGGCGAGGGCGCGGCUCGCUCGGAGCCUUGCAGCGAAGCCGCCCCAGGGGCCGACGUGGCCGGCGCUGUGCGGCCAAGGGCCGGGCCCCAGUGGCCGUGAAGAGGGGAGUUCGGCUUUUACAGGAAUCUUACCCGUCUUCUUCACCAAUAUGGUUUGUGGACUCUGAUGACCCAAAUCUGACAUCAGUUUUGGAGCGUCUGGAAGAUACUAAGAACAGCAAUUCGCUUCGUCAGCAAUUGAAGUGGUUGAUAUGUGAACUCUGCAGAUUAUAUAACCUUCCUAAGCACCUGGAUGUUGAGAUGCUAGAUCAGCCACUACCCACGGGUCAGAAUGGGACAACAGAAGGAGUGACCUCAGAAGAGGAGGAAGAGGAAGAGAUGGCUGAAGAUAUAGAGGACUUGGAUCACUACGAGAUGAAGGAAGAAGAACCUAUUAGUGGAAAAAAGUCAGAGGAUGAAGGAAUUGAAAAAGAAAAUUUGGCAAUAUUAGAGAAAAUUAGGAAGACUCAAAGGCAAGACCAUCUAAAUGGUGCAGUGUCUGGGUCUGUGCAAGCUUCAGAUAGACUUAUGAAAGAGCUCAGGGACAUAUACAGAUCACAAAGUUAUAAAACAGGUAAGGACCUCUGGAUCUCUGUCUUUAGGGUUGAUCCUGAUAGUCCUUUGCACAGUGAUCUUCAGAUCUUAAAAGAAAAAGAAGGCAUAGAAUAUAUUUUGCUUAACUUCUCAUUUAAGGAUAACUUUCCAUUUGAUCCUCCAUUUGUUCGAGUGGUAUUACCUGUUCUCUCAGGAGGGUACGUGUUGGGUGGUGGAGCAUUAUGUAUGGAACUUCUCACGAAACAGGGCUGGAGUAGUGCCUAUUCAAUAGAAUCUGUCAUCAUGCAAAUCAAUGCCACCUUAGUCAAAGGCAAAGCCAGAGUGCAGUUUGGAGCAAAUAAGAAUCAAUAUAAUCUAGCAAGAGCCCAGCAAUCCUAUAAUUCCAUUGUACAGAUACAUGAGAAAAAUGGCUGGUACACCCCUCCAAAGGAAGAUGGCUAAAUGUGUUGACUGUUGUAUGUUUGGACCAAUGUUGCUUUAAAGAACAUCUUUCCAACAUGCAGACACAAGCUUUGAGUGCCCCUAUAACAGCAGUACCGAAGACAUUAGUCAAUAGAUAUUUUAGUGGAUAAUCUGUCAACUGACAUAUAGUAUGUCACAGGCUUUUCAUUUUGCUCAUUUUAGGUAUCUUGACUAAGCAGUGGGGCCUUUUCUGUAUUUUUCCUAAUAAAUACACAUAUUGGCCACUCCUUAUCAAUCAACUCUUUUUCUUAAAAGGUGAAAUCUUUUAAGCAAGCAAGUCAGCAUCAUGUAAUAGAAGUUGCAGUAUUAGGGUAAUGUUCCCACCCUGAGCUUGUCUGUUAUGAGUACUUGCAAUAUAUUGUUCCAUUUAGAGCCAAUCAAAGUUUAAUUGAUGUUUAAUAAUUGGUUUAGAAAACUUGAGGUCUUCUAAAUCACAGUAGCUUUUCCAGUUUAAAACCAUUUUAUGGUAUUGCCAAAAUAAUGACAGGAAACCUACUCAUUAAAUUGUUAAAAAUUUUUUAUGGCUGUGUGAGGAUAUGAGCUGUUCUUUAUGAUAUGCUCUUAACCAAAAUAUAUUGUACUUUUUAGGCAAAGUGAAGCAAGGCUGUGCCAGAUUAAGGCUUGUAAGUAGUAAUUUCCACCGGGGCACCAGAGUCUUGCUGGGCUGAAUCUGCUGCUUGUUGGUUCAAUAUUUCUUAUGAAGAAGAGCUGCAGAAUAGAGCUUUUAGUUAUUUAAAAUACUAUGUCAUUUUAUGUUUCCAUUUUAUUAACGGGGCUGUUGCAAUCAUUUGUAAACUAAUAAAACUUAUAAGGUGAUUGGCAAAAGACUUCUUGAGCAGAAGCUGCAAAAGAUAAAUACAAAAAGAUAUAAUUUGGAGAUUUAAAAUUUUAUGCUAUAGUCAUAACAGUGAAUUUUACAUUGAAAGACUAAUAGGAACUCUACAUACGUUAUUUGUUUUAUAAAACCUGACUCAAAUCAGUGUACUCUCCAUUUUUAUUGCCUUACCGGAAUCAGUCUUGUUUAGUUGGUAAUAGAUUUUUAUAUACCCAAGUUUGAUUUAAAAGUAAAUUCUAGUAAAUAAGCACUUUUAAAAUGAAAUCCAGAAGCACAUUUUUCUGCACAAACCAGUUACAAAGUUCAAAAAUGUUUCUUAUACAUUUGCUUUAAGAUUCAUUUUUAACUUUGUAAGCCACAUCAGAGAGAUAUGGCACUUCUGCAUUAUUUUGUGUGUUUAAUUCCUUUUUAUUGUAUUUUGGCUAAAAGAACAGUAGAAAAAGAUUUUCUGGCAUCCUUGUUCACUUGGUUACAUUUGUAUAAAGUUCUAAUUGCCAUUUGCUCAGAUAACAAGUGACAUGGCAGAAUUCUUUAAAGCAUUAAAGUUCCUUAAACUUAAGGCUAAAUCUUGGAUACAUUAUUGAAUUCUUCAAUAUCCUUAUGGCUAGCAAACUGAUAGCUGCACAUUUGCCAUGCUUUGUUUUUUUUUGGAUUUUAUUUUUCAUUGCAGAUUUAUUUGGCAAUGUACAGUAUAUUUUGUAAACUUGCAUCAAGUUUAUGAAUAAAGAACCAUUUAAAAAUA